UUGACUGUUUUUCCUCAACGUCUGCGACUUGCUUCCGACAUUUGCUGUGGCCAUAAAAAAUGAUUCUGCUCCUCGGGAAGUGACUACAUCACCCAUUUAUGAACGAAUCAUACCACGCCGUGGAGCAACUCAACGCAAGCGCGAGCGUGAUAUCGUUGAAAAGUGAAUUCAAAUGUAAACGAAGUGUCAGUGGGUAAAGAGCAACAUUAGAAGCAGUGUAAAACGAAGCGACGGCCAACGCAAUGGAAUUGAAAUCGCAUAUAAUUUAUAAAUAAACUCGUUGUUGUAUGUAUUUCGCGAAUGCGAUCGCAGAAAUUUUACUAUCCUAAAGAAAACUUGUUGUAAAAGUGUAAUUAAUUAUACCAAACAAUAAAAAAAAAAAAUAAAAUAAAAACGUGGUAAUUGAUGUAUACCAGCGAAAACAGCCAUUGAGUGCAAUAGCUAUCCUAAAUGCUUCGUCGUUAUAAAUAAAAUAAAAACUAAAUAUUUAAAGCUGCAAAAAUCAAAAACCAGUCGACUCACAACGUCUAAUGGGGUUUAGUUACUAGUUGGCACAGUUAACUGUUUGACGGUAUAGAAUAUCACUGAUUAGACGCCUACUUACUACACUAUCUAUUCGGAACUUAUUGGAUUAAAAUAAAACUCGAAUUUAAAACAAGUGCGCACAGAAGAGAUUACUUUUUACAUUUUGAAAUUUGACCGCCAAAAUUCCACCAGCACCAAUGGCUAAGGACGAGGAGGAAGAUGAUGUUUUACCCGAUAAGGAUGCUGCCAAAGGCUUCUACGCGAAAUAUGAACCCAAAGAGAUAUUGGGAAGGGGGAUCAGUUCCACAGUGCGCCGCUGCAUUGAAAAGGAGACAGGCAAAGAAUUUGCCGCAAAAAUCAUAGAUCUUGGCGCCGCUACCGAAGCCGGCGAUACGAAUCCAUAUCACAUGCUUGAAGCCACAAGGCAGGAAAUAUCAAUACUCAGACAAGUUAUGGGGCAUCCCUAUAUAAUUGAUCUACAGGAUGUCUUCGAAUCGGACGCUUUCGUCUUUUUAGUAUUUGAGUUAUGUCCAAAAGGCGAACUCUUCGAUUACCUCACCUCGGUAGUAACGCUGUCCGAGAAGAAGACUCGCACAAUUAUGCGACAAAUAUUUGAGGGUGUCGAGUAUAUACACUCGAAAAAUAUUGUGCAUCGAGAUUUGAAACCCGAAAAUAUUCUCCUCGAUGAAAAUCAUAAUGUUAAGAUAACAGAUUUUGGCUUCGCGCGGCAGCUGAAGGGCGAUGAAAAGUUGGCAGACCUUUGUGGCACGCCCGGUUACUUGGCACCGGAAACACUAAAAUGUAAUAUGUUUGAGGGGUCGCCAGGCUAUUCCAAAGAAGUUGAUAUUUGGGCCUGCGGCGUCAUUAUGUUCACAUUGCUAGUUGGUUGUCCACCGUUUUGGCACCGCAAACAGAUGGUCAUGCUGCGCAAUAUAAUGGAGGGCAAAUAUAGUUUCACCUCGCCCGAAUGGGCUGAUAUAUCAGAGGAUCCAAAGGAUCUGAUACGCAAAUGUCUAGUCGUCGAUCCUGCGAAACGAAUCACAGUGAAGGAAGUAUUAAAGCAUCCAUUCUUCAACCAGAUGUUAUUCGAGCAAAAUAUCGAUGGACUGAAGCGCAGCCUAUCCACCAAAUCUAGGAGAAUGAGUCGCAUCAAUGACAUUGCACUGGUUUUAUGCCCUGAAUCGUCGUCAGAUGGCCGCACCACUUAUCAUCUUAAAUCGCAAAAUAUACGCAACACACUUAGCAAUGGCAAUCAGUUAUUUUAUCAUGCCAAUUUUAAUAAAACUCGGACGAGCUACAGCAAUAACAUACAACAUACCCCUAAUUCCAACUAUAACUCUAACAACAACAACCGCAUCAGCAUGACAAACUUGUACUUAAGUAAACAAGCGAAUAAUCAUAGUAAUACAAAUACUCCUUCCACAACCUCUUCAAAAUUCACAGCAGCUUUUUCAAAUUGUACCGCCAAUAACCAACAGUACAAUAACAAUUAUAACCAAAGCAAUUAUCAAAGUAAUGGUGGCAAUAUGUUUAUAAAUUCCACGGCUGGUCCGGAUACAUUUUCAGCAACAAAAUCAUAUACGAGUAACAGUAUUGGCAAUGCGGCGCCGACGCAGACGCCGACGCCAUUUGCAAUGCAAGAGCAACAGCAACAGCAGCAGUUAUAUCGGAAAAAACCGCAACAGCAGCAACAACAACAAGCAUAUGAACAACAGGUGCCAACAACGCAGUUCUACGAUCACCACCACAACCACCAAAAUCACACUAACCACAAUAAUAGUCAUCAUCAUUCUCAAUCUCAUUAUUCUCAAACUCAACAUUGCCAUUUAAAACCGUAUCUUCAUUAUUGUCAAUGUCAGCACGGUCAAGCGCUGCAAGUAGAUCAACAAGCAUCUCAACAGCAACAACAACACGACAUACAUUCAUUAACAGGUGUAAGCAUAUCAUCCACUUCAUCCGCUUCCACUUCAUACCACUCACUAGCACCGAGCUCGCCACAGCAGAGGUUGAUGUUGACGUCAACAGACGAAACAACGGCGGCAGCGACAACUACGUCCGCUACCACGUCGAAUAGUUUGUCGCAUUGUUGUGUUGAGUCCCUAAAUUACGACGCACAGCUACGCAAACAAAGCCGCUUUAAUGCGCGGAAAAAGUUCCAAUUCGCCAUUUUGGUUAUACGCGCGAUGAUCAGGAUACGCCGGUUACGCUACACCGCCGAGCCCCUGCGCGUUGAAGAGGCUAUACGCGAUCCAUAUCGAGUCAAGGUGCUCCGUAAGGUCAUUGAUGGCUGCGCCUUCCGCGUCUACGGUCAUUGGGUGAAGAAGGGUGAGGGUCAGAAUCGCGCCGCUCUCUUCGAGAACACCCCACGCACAGAGUUGCAUGCGCUCUACAUCAACAAUUUAAGUCGAUAGUUUAAUGACAGACUAAAUACUACAUACAUAUUAAUAUCUAGAAUGGUAUAACGCGGAGUAGUGCGGAGAAAGACGAAAUUGAAAAAAAGUGCUGAAACUUGUAACAUGAAAUUUUCAAUCAAAACCAAACCACAUAUUUUUCUUGCUAUUAGCGUUUAGCGAAAUGAAGAAGGAAUUUAAUUUAAAGUGAUAAGUGAGCUUAUAACAAAUUUAUUGAAUUCAAACAUGUUAUGUUUUUUACUUUUUCGUUUGCACUAUUUCAAGUGUAGUGACUUUAUUUAAAAUUAUUUAAGUAUUAAGAAAGUUAUAGUAAGAAAAUACGUAGAGGACCAAUCCUAAUUAUUGACUUCUGCACUUAAGCUGAGCACUGUAGAAUUGUUUUGGUUUGUAAUUUCUUAAAAUUCGUAAAAAACAAGAAAACAGGAAUGAAAUACAUAUAAAAAUGUGUGUGGAAUGCAUACGUAUAUGAACUAAUAUUAAUGCAUUGCGUAACACCUGUGCUUUAGUUUGUAUUAUUUAUAUAGUUUAAUUAUAUUAAUAAUUGAAGCUUUGUAUUAUUAAGUAGAAAAAAAGAGGAAGAAAAUAAAUGAAAAGAAGAGAACACCUAAGCAAAUUAUGCGGUACCAAAUUAUUUUAAAUUUAAAUUUAAAAUUUUACUAAAAUGCAAUUUAAAUAGAUAUUAAAAGCUGAAUACAGCGGUGCAAAAAACAGAAAAAACAAACAAAAACCAUUUGAAGAUAUGUAAUAAUUUUACUUAAGUUAAAUAUUGUAUAUUUGUAUGAGCGUGAAAAGCAAAAAGAGAAAGACAAAUGCAUUGUGGUGAAUGCACUUUUACGCAAUUUAUAUAGUUACUAUAACACAUACAUACAUACAUGAUGGAUGUGCUACCAGAAGCUGCAUACUUUUUAAUACAUACACACAUAUAUUUUAUUGCGCAAAAUACUUACUUAUACAUACAUGAACAUGUUAUAUAAAUAUUUUUUUAAUUUGCGCAUAUAACGAGCAAACUGUUACACAAUAGUUAAAACUCACACAUGCAUACAUAUGUAUGUAGCUCACUAUACUCAUUUAUAGAAAGAAAAAAAUUGUUCUAAAAUAUUGAACGCAAAACUGAUGCACUGCUUUUUUUUCUUAGAUUAGUGUCCAUAUAAAAAAUCUACAAUAAAUUUCGAGUUUUUCAUUUUUCGAGUUAGGUUAAUGGCUUCUUGAGUGGACGCCGAUGGACGGGUCUUAAAAAUGUUUUUGUGCAGAUGAUUUAUUACUGUUUUUAUAUACCAUUUUUUACGCUAGCGGUUGCCGUAGCCGAAUGGGUUGGUGCAUGACUACCAUGUGGAAUUCAGAGAGAACGUAGGUUCGAAUCUCGGUGAAAGACCAAAAUGAAGAAAACAUGUUUCUAAUAGCGGUCAUCUCUUGGAAGGCCAUGGCAAACCUCCGAGUGUAUUUCUGCCAUGAAAAAGCUCCUCAUAAAAAACUAUAUGCCGUUCGGAGUCGGCUUGAUACUGUAGAUGCCUCCAUUUGUGGAACAACAUCAAGACGCACGCCACAAAUAGGAGGAGGAGCUCGUCCAAACACCCAGAAAAGGUGUGCGCGCCAAUUAUAUAUAUAUAUAUAUAUAUUGAGCUCAUAUCAAUAAACAACUUUUACAGUAACAGACCUUUUAUUUGUUGUUUGACAAAAAUAAUUGAGGUUUGCAAAGCACCCCUAAAAAAGUCGCAAAAAGCCAAUUAAAGCUCAAGAAGCACGAAAGUAAUUAAUUGUUUUUAAAUUUAAAUAAUUUGUAUCAUACUCGGUGGCGUAGGUUGGUAGGUAGGUGAAAUGGUGGAAGUACCACUUUGGCACUCCCCAAGUUUUGAUACCGUUAUGAGACCUCCAACAGGCAGAUAUCUGCAGAGCUGUUGAUGUAAUGGAUAAAAUUGAUGGGACUUAGGCUGUCGAAGAAAGGAGCACCCAGUAACCUUAAUCGACUAGCUGCCAAACCCGGACAUUUACAGAGAAAGUGCUGCUUAACAUUCUCUUUCUCUGAAAGAUAUCCACAGCUUCUGCAAUGGGGGUUAAAUGGUAUACCUAGCGUUUCCGCGUGUGUACCGAUCGUCCAAUGACCGGUAAGCACAGCUACGAGUUUGGAAAUUGAAUGGCGUGGAGUCCCCAGAACUUUCUGAGUCCUCCGUCUAUUGUACUGAACAAAUGGAGUUCCAUCUUUUCCCCUUUAGCAACAGUCUGGGGGAUGCCUAUGACCGGGUAGGGGGUCUCUGAGACCAAUUCAGUCCUCUUGUCGGUAAGCUUAUCAGCAAUGUAUUUUCGCUCUAUGUGAUUAUGCCCUGGAAUCUAGAUCAGCGAAAUGUUACCUGUACACCCAAGAUAUUUGAUCUCCUCCUUACAGGAGUUGACUAGUUUGGAUCUGCACCAUGGCGUCGUUAGAGUCUUGACUGCGGCUUGACUAUCGGAGAAAAUGUUAAUAUCUCCCUCGCAUUCACGUUUCCUAAGCAUUUUGUAUCGCGUAAACCUAAUCGCAAAGACUUCUGCCUUAAAAACUCUGGCAGUAUUGGGCAAUUUUAAGGAAAAGAUAAAUUGGCUUAUUUAGCGAAAACCUCUGCUACGACUUCCGAUUCCAUCUUGGAGUCGUCAGUGUAGAUAGAGGUACCAGCUAAAGUGCCAAUUUUUCCCUCGUUCCAAUUCUGCCUACUUGAAAAGAUAGCGUAAGAUUAAAGAUUAAUUCUGUUUUUGAAUAACUUUUUUACUAAAUAAAAAUGGAAAUCUUUAUUUUGACCUUUACACACUCCAAUGCUUGUCUGUCUGUAUAUUGCAGCAGUUUAAUGUGAGUGACGUACGACGCCAUUUGCAAAAAUCACAAAUCUUCCAAUAGGGUGAUGAAUUUUCCGAAACCUUGUAUGCACAAAAUUAUAAUUCGAAAAUUUUUCUUUUUGGAACUUUUCAUGAAAUGCUUGCCUGCCCACAGAAACACAUCUAUUCGCUUCGUAAUUCAUUUACUUAAGGUUUUCAGAUGUGGCGUAGCUAUCUACGUUAUAAGUGAAACAUUUAGACUGUCACAUCACAAACAUGUUUUGAGCGAUCCACUCAAAACAUUUCUGUACACUCAAAACUUAAACGUUUACAUUUUUCAUGCGGGAAAUGGUAUCUCAUCAUUUUAAAUUUUUCGUCCACAAAAUAUCUUUGUUGACUUAAUAUUCAAAAGUCCAUCUGCAAAACUAAAUUCAAGAAUUCACAGCGAAUACAUAUUUCGUAUAUAACAAAUAAUACAUGUUGGCCCUUACCAGCCUAAAAAUCAAAUAACUUUAGAAUGAAAAUAACUAAAUUUAAAACAGUCAGUACCUCUAGUGUUUUACCCGCAUAUUUUACAUAGAAAAAUAUUCACUCAGAUAUGUGUGUGUGUAAAUAAAUACUCCUAAAUAGAAGUAAUGUCUCCGAGUAUGUAUUGUAAUAUAAGCAGUUGCAUUAAAACAUUUCUUACGUUAUAAUGUUUGUAUGUAUUUUGGAUAUCAACGAAUAACAAUAUUGAAUUUUGACAUAGAAAAGUGAGAAUAAAAAAUUAAUAAAAUUUAU